AUAAACCAUAAAAUAUGGAGAAAAAAAAAACAACCAGGUUGACUUUGGAUUUUGGAGACUCCAUCCCUAUGUAGAGGGGUACUGUCCCAAAGCCAACCUGAUUGUUUUUUAAGACAAACAAACAUUACAAACAUAGUGGACAAAAAUAACAAACUAGAUCGACAAACCAUACAAAAUGUAAAAAUAGUCUGGUUGACUUUGGAGUCUCCAUCUCCAUAUAGAGGAGUUACAUCCAAAAGUCAACCUGGGUGUUUUUUGUACAUAAAAACAUUACAAACAUAAUGGACAAACAUGAUGGACAAAAAUGACAAAGCUUACAAACAUUAAAAAGGAAACCGACAAACAAUACAAAAAUAACAAAAUUUACAAACAUUACAAAAGAAACCGAAAAACUGUACAAAGCAUACUAACUAUUCAGAAUACCACUACUUAUAAUACAAACAGUGGCGUAGCUAGGAUUUCGUAUAAUGUGGGUCCACCUAGAAAAAAUACAUAUGAUGAAAUAGUUUUUGUUAAUAUAAUCUUAAAUUGAAUUUUUUUGGUAAAUUAAAAUGCAUUAGUAGUAAAAAAAAUAUCAAGAAUAUCAUUCUGCGUACCAAACAAUUAUUGAUUUAGUUAAUCGUACACUCGUACUGUUUCAAAUGUUGUUCUUUGUCAAGAACCGUUAGUAUCAAUAAAUCGAGUUGUUGAUAGAGGUUUAAUAAUAAAUCCUACACUAUUCAAUAAUUCAUGAUUUAGAUUUCGGAUAAUGUUCUUUGUAAAAAAACAUUUAGUAUCAACAAAUCGAGUUGUUGGAAGAGAUUCAAUAAUAUUAUGAUACCAUUUACUAGCAUGCUCCCUCAUAAGAAAAUUGACUUAUACGAAAUUGAAGUUUGCACAAAUAUGUAUACCGUAUUAGAUUCAAACACAAAACUACUAUUAUCAAUUAAAUGUGACCUAAUUUCGAUAUCAAUUAAUUAUUGUACCUAAUUUAACAUUUUCCUCCCAAACCAGGGUGGGUCUCGGACCCACCCUGUUACCCUCUCCCUCCGCCACUGAAUACAAAUAGGUAAGCUUGUACAAACCAAUAAAUACAAAUCAUAACAUAAAGUAAAAAAAAUUAUAAACAUAAAAUGAGUUGAUACAAAAUCAACAGUAUAAUUUAUAGCUGAAAAGUAAAACUGCACCCCCCAUUCAAAAUUUCCUGCCCAUAGAGUGAUUUUAGGAAGCUGAUGUGGCAGAGUGUUAAGCGGAAAAAAAAAGAGUCCCGCCUGAUUUCAGAACCAAAAAACUGUCCACUACCCACCUUUUUCUCCUUCCAGGCCCACGUUCUCAUUUAAUUUGUAUUUAUUUGCAAAACAACAAAAUCCAGCGGCAAAGCUCCUUCCUCUUCCCCUUUGCAAUAGUUCCUUUGUUUUUUUCGUCGGCAAAGGAAACUCUGGUAUCAGGCGACGAAAGGGGAAGAUCUAGGUUUCUGAGUUGCGACGGCCAGAGGUGGGAUUCCAAUUUUGGUUCGUCGGUGAGCAAAUUCAAAAUCUCUUUUGUGUGACCUCGCCUAUUGGGGCCUUCUCUACUCGGAUUCUCCAGUUCCCGUUCUGGAUUGCUCCCUGUUGAUGGAUAUAGUCGACGAUGCUAUUCUCCAAGACUGAGUGAAUGGCAACCGAGCAACAUCAAAAGGGGAACCAGCUAGAGGGCCACGCGCUCGAUUUUGACGUCGAAUAGUUCGCAAUUCUGGUUGGAGAGGAACAAAGGACAAAGGAGGCUCGCUAACCAGUCACAACUUCAAUUCUCCAUGUUUGAAUUACAGGCAUGUCGCACUAAUGUUACCCUUUGGAAACCCCACAUUCGAUGUUCUCCUACUAUUCUCUCUGCCCCUGUUUUCGGGAGACCGGGUUGCCCCUCUUCGUCCCAGGAUCCCACCACCCCUAUUUUCGCUUUUGAGUUUUCUAAUCAAGCUUUCGGCUUUAGCCAUCGUCGGAUUUGCUGGUGCCACUUGCACUGUCUCCCUCCGUCGUGGCGUGCAAGUUGGUACUUUGCUCUUUCCUUCAGCUUUCAAUUUGGAAGGUGUCAUGACUGGCGCAGACUGUGACAUUAGCAGUGGUGGGAUAAGCCUUACCAUGCUUUACAUAUUUUCAUGAGAUGUGCUUUUUUAGUUUGUAUUGGUGAGUGGCAGCAGGAUAAGUUGUCUCACAAAAUAAACAUGUGUUUUCUUUUGGUGUUCUUUUUAAAUGAGAAUGCCCAAAGUUUCCUGCUUCAGUUUUGGGAUACCAUGGGUUGGCUCACUCUCUGUGAGAUACCUUCAUUUUUAUUGUUCAUGACAAAAACUUAGGAUUUGCUAGAAAUGAUAAGGGUUUAGCAUUAGUAUUCAUAAGACAAUUAGUGAAAAAUUAGAAUCUACAAUGUUUAGUUUAAAGUUUUGUGUUCUCAUUUGAAAUUCAGCCUGUUGUUCUCGGAGUUGAUAGGCCUAAGUUAUGUCUCAAACAUAGAUCUGAUGCAUUCAUCUUAUCAUAUCAUUAUGUAGAGUAUUCUGUUCCACAUCUGAUUUCUCCUCCGGGCCUUUUUUGUUUGUUAUGUUCUUGGAAACUAAUAAAUUUCUAGGGAAAUUAAAAGCUGGCCACCAACAAAGGAUGAAUGCCUUUUGUAGAUUCUGUCAUGGUGUUUUAUUUUGCUGUGUCUAUUCUUGAUUUGAAGUUUCUCAUAGCUUCCCUACAUAAGUUUAGGUACGGAAAAGUAGUACUCAAUUAGCUAUAUAGGUACUUUUAUUAUUAUAAUAGAAUUAGACAGUGUUGGGGGUAUGAGUUUUGGUAAAGUUGUUAAGUUAUUAUUAUCUCUACAUCUUUGUAGUUUUGCCAAACUUUGUGGCGUUCAAAAGUUGAGUUAUGUGGGUUUAGUAUUGUCACUGCAUUGUAUAUGUGUUUCCUGAAUCUCCAUGGCUUAAUGAGCUACAUAUAUUUCGUGUUUUUUAAUGGAUAGGGUGGUUGUGUGGGUGUAUCAAUAAGCUUUGCUCGAUACUAAAAAUAUUAAUGCCUAAAGCUCCCAUAAUAUUAGUAGUGAACAUGAAGUUGGUGACCUUGAUGCUGCCAAAUGCACCAAAAUUGAUCAAGCGAACCAUGAUAUUAUAUUGCAACACCUUUAGUCGAGUCACUAAAGAGGAAGGUCCAUGUGAAUUCAGAAAGUGAUGCACAGAUGAUCGAGUUUUUGAAUGUUUAUUCUCAUGAAUGUUCAAUUAGGUUUAUCGAUGACUUUAUACGCAUUAUAGCUGAGUGGAUUGUGUGUUUCUCUAUACCUACACGUUUUAUUUUGCUAAGUCACUUUGUAUGAAUACUUCACCAAGUUUGUGACUCCAUUUCUUUUUAUGCAUGGAGCAUCAUGCAAAUCAUCAUGCCUUCUAACAAUAACUAUAUAUAUACACUAUCUCUUCCCGUCUUUUAUCUAUGGCUCUAUCUUCUAAUCAAGUUGCAACACUACUACAUUACGCUACAUAUUUCCUAGCUCCUAGAAUCAGUGGCGGAUUCAGAAAAUUUUCACAGGGGUGUCUUCUUCAAAAAUUAAAUUUAAUUAUAUAAUAAAUUAAAUAAUUCGUAUAUUAAAAAUAUCAUACUUGUAUAAUUUUUAUAAAAUUUUUAUUAAAUAAUAAAUUAAAAUUCAUAUUUUGAAAAAAUAAUAUAAAUAAACUCUGUGCCUGCACUGUUCAAAAAAUCUACAUAUCCUACUAGACAAUACUUCACGAACUUAUCACAUAUUCGAUUUCUAACAUUGUUCUUAAUGUAGCUCAAAGUAGAAAAGACUCUUUCAACACUUGCCAUGUAACCAUAAAAUCAAUUCAAAAUUAAGGGUAGCGUGUACGUAGUUUAAUUAUUAGGUAUUGAAAAUAGUUGGGGAUAAAGAAAUAGCGUUUUACUGUUGCAUGAUGUUUAAAAUAGAAUAACAAAUGAGUAGCAACAUAAUUGGAAUAUGUUUGAUAAUAGUAGUGUCCUAGGUUGGAAUAACACGUACUACCACUUAUAUUUUAUUAAUCAUAAGCAAACUAUUAUCGAGGGUAGGAUAAUCAUUUUUUCAAAUGUUAGGGUGUCCCGGAUUACCAAUUAUAUUUUGUAUACACAUACGAAAUUACUACCGGAGGUUGGAUAAUCGUUUCCCCAAAUUUUAGGGGUGUCCCGGGACACCCCUAGAGGCCAUGUAUCCGCCCCUGCCUAGAAUGCUUAACUUACAUAGCAAUGUUAGUUGUAUAUGAUGAUGUACUGUGGGAUCCCUUAUUAUUUCAGGUAUAGUUGGAUGGACUUAAAUUAUUUUUACACUUGACUAUUUUCAAAUUUAGGAUGGUAGAGUUUUGCACCUGUUUCUCAAAUUUGCCAUGAGUGAAUGUCUAACCAGUGGUUCUGAUUAAAUUGUUGUAGGGGGAUUUGUGUACUUUAGUAGGAACUCUACCUAAAAUUUGCAAUAGGUAAUGGGUUUAGUAAAAUGUUGGGUGAUAAGGAUAACAAUGAUUGUCAGAAAGGCUAGGGAUUGAUACAUUAGUCGUCUACCACUGUUGGCCUAAAUGUUUUGUAGAGGGCCCUUCCUCCGCUCCCUUCAUCUCUAUCGUCGUUCUCCGUCCUCUCCUUUCAUUGGGAAGCCAGAUCAAACGGUUGUUUUGCAUGUCAGUGGUUGGACGACGUCCAAGUGGAUGUCAGUGGGCAAAUUCAGUGUCGAAUAGGGAUUGUGUCGGAGGUAGCUAGAUCCACCCAUAUCCUCAUGCUCUCCAUGUCUGAGAUUCGACGUCGGCAGCUGUAAUGUUCUAACGAAGAAAUUGGGGUGUUAAAGUGCUUCCUCUAGAAAUGCCACUAUCAACUUCUCUCUGUCGAGGUAAUUUCAGCUACCAACCCAAGCUCGAUUCACGCCAGCAAACGAAAUCACCUUCUGCGUUAUGCGUAUAAAAGGCAGCUUAAAUCACACAGACCCAGGAAAGCGUUUCAGCGAAAACUCCACUAGCAGCUUCUCUCUGUCAAGGUAAUUCUCAGCCAUCAACCAGCCAGCUUUUGAUAUUUGUUUCUAUCGGUCUGCCAUUUCGCUUCUUUAUUUUAGCUAUAUGCUUCCCUCCUAUUAUGUUCGUGAAAAGUUUUUGAUUUGUGUCUGAUGGAGCACGAUUGGAAAUCUUAAGAUGAUCAAUUUUAUGCUUGUGUAGCAAUAAGUUAAUCCCUUGAAGAAAUUCUAAUUACUAUUUUAAUUUAAUGCAUAAUUGUUUUAGUUUUAUUUGUAUCUAAUAGUAAACCAAGUUAAUAAUACCAAUAUAAAGAAAUAAUUUUAAGCAAUUUAUGAUACAAUAAAUAGGGCAAAUUCUUUUAAUACGAAACAUGUAUAGGCCGUAGUGAGUUAGGAUAAUAUUAUUAACAAAAAUACAUAUGAACUAAUUGUUAUCAAUGUCACAAUUAUCAAGUAGUGCAAAGAUCACUUUCGAUUAUUAUGAAGUAAUGAAAAAUAAGAUGAAAUCAUCCGACCAACGGGUCGGGUAAAAGCUAGUUAUAAACCAGAGGGAAAUUCUCUCUCCCUCGUACCCACCAAAUCUCCACGGCGGAGGAAAUUUCCCUAGACCGGGGACGCGUGGAAGGGAGAAGGUAGGUCACUUUUUUUUUCAAUUAAUAAAUUAAAUAUUAAUGAAAUUACUACAUUGAC